AAUAUCAAAGGUUUGUCGGCUGAGCUGCAUUUAGCAACCUGUUAAACAACUGUUGGAGGGCAAAAAGUGCAGGACGUUGGACAUUUGCUCUGAGGAUAUUGAUACAGCUUUUUAGUCAGGGAUUCAUUAUCAUCACUAUUCUGGCUAGAAAGACUGUGAAAUUGAAUGACCUGAAAAUGGAUUCAUCUUCUCCUGUGUUACCAGCAACCAUUUUAGAACAAACUGCCUUGCGGCUAGGAUGCAGUCCUGCAGACAAGAAACUUGCUUUUCACUUAGAUGAAGAAGAUGAGUUAAAGCAUCUUCGUGAAUGUUUCUGUAUCCCAAAAGUCAAGGAUCUGCCUCCAACCGAUCUGGGCCUGGUGAAUGGAGAGGAAAGCUGCAUAUACUUUGCUGGGAAUUCUCUUGGGCUCCAGCCAAGACAAGUGAAAACUUACUUGGAUGAAGAACUGGACAAGUGGGCUCGAAUAGGUGUUCAUGGUCAUUUCAAUGGUCAGCGCCCAUGGGUUUUGGCAGAUGAGUGCAUCCUGGACCUGAUGGCUGAACUGGUUGGGGCCAAAAGACAGGAAGUAGCCUUAAUGAAUGGGCUAACUGUUAACUUGCACCUCCUGAUGCUAUCUUUCUUUAAGCCUACUCCAAGACGCUAUAAAAUUCUUCUAGAAGGCAAAGCAUUUCCCUCUGACCAUUAUGCUGUUGAGUCUCAACUUCAACUUCAUGGACUUGAUGUGGAGAAAUGCAUGCUCACGAUGCAGCCACGGGAGGGGGAGGAGACCCUGAGGACUGAAGAUAUCCUUGCUGUAAUUGAGAAGGAAGGGGACUCUAUUGCUGUCAUUCUCUUCAGUGGGGUGCAGUACUACACAGGACAGUUUUUUGACAUCCAUAGAAUAACGAAGGCUGGCCAAGAAAAGGGCUGCUUUGUUGGAUUUGACCUGGCUCAUGCUGUUGGGAAUGUAGAGCUUCAUUUGCAUGACUGGGGAGUAGACUUUGCAUGCUGGUGCUCCUACAAGUAUUUAAAUUCUGGAGCAGGUGGCAUUGCUGGUGCCUACAUUCAUGAGAAGCAUUCCCGAAGUAUUAAACCAGUGCUAAUUGGCUGGUGGGGUCAUGACUUCAAAACACGGUUCCUCAUGGAAAACAAAUUAAAAGUAAGUGAAGGAAUUAAUGGAUUUCGGUUAUCAAAUCCUCCAAUUUUACUGGUAUGUGCUCUGCAAGCUGGUUUAGAGGUUUUUGGUCAAACUACAAUGAAAGCAUUGAGAAGGAAAUCCAUUCUACUCACUGGUUACUUGGAAUACCUGAUAAAACAUUACUACAAUGAAGAUAAGACAAAUCCAGAGAAGCCCUUUGUAAAAAUAAUCACACCAUCUCAGAUUGAGGAAAGAGGAUGUCAACUCACGCUAUCUUUUUCACUUCCAAUCAAAUCUGUGUUUAAAGAGCUGGAAAAGAGAGGAGUAGCUUGUGACAUGAGAGAACCAAAUGCUCUUCGUGUUACCCCAGUUCCUCUCUACAAUUCUUUCCAUGAUGUGCACAGAUUUAUUGAAAUCCUGGGAUCUGCAAUUACAUCUUCAAAACAAACAGCAAAUAAUACUGCAUUAUCUGGUUCUUAUUGAUGGCUCAGCUGUAUCUUUUAAUCUAUUUCUGACUAAGAUGCAUUUAUCCCACUGAGCAAUUCUUUGCUUCGAGUACACUAAGCUAUAGCCCAUGCAAUUUGCAAAAAAAUGACCGUGCUUGAAUAGUUAUUUACAACAGACAUAGUUUUAUUAAAGCUUAUAUUUCUACUCUGCUCUGACUUUGACUUCAUGAAUUAGUAUGCUUUGUAUAUUUUAAUGGGGCUUUUCUUAAACAUUAUAUGUUGUUUUAUUACAUUAGCUUUGAGAAGCAUGGAAGAAUUGCUAUCAACUAGAACAGGAAUGAAAAAAAAUCCCUUCUUUAUUAUAAAAAUUAUGCAUAAUAAAAAGUGGAAAAUAGACAAAUCACCAACUGUUAAAAGAUACGGUCCAAUUUACAUUUUUAAUUUAGCAAUUCUAUUUAAAGUACAUGGUAUACUUGAAAAGUAGAAGUUGAACAAUUAGUUGUUUCAAAACUGCUAACUGCUGCAUACUGAAUUUUUCAAAUGGUCCAACAUUUUGAAAUUCUAGUUUAAUUAAUGAUAUAAUUGAAUAUACAUUGCAGAUACCUUUGGUGUGAUACAGUAGGCUAAAACAAAACAUUUCUAGGGAGUCAUCUUGGAGAUGAUAUACCUGGGGAAGCAGAGAAUAAUUUUACAUUCAUGUAAGCCAGUGUGAAGGGCUGUAUGAGCAUUUACUGCAUUUUUUAACAAGGCUUAUUUUGGAUUAGGCAAAAUGAACUCUGAAUUGUUUAAGCAGCAGCAAAAUAUCUCAUUGUUAACUUACAGUGUGGCCCAGAUUUUUACAGAGAUUUGCACUAGGCAGCCCAAAGCUAUGAAGAAAACCUGUUUGAAUUUAACCAACAGUUUACCCAAAGUUAAGUCAUAAAUAACACCUUAGCAUACUUGGCAGCUAAGCUUCUAUAUCUGUGCUUACAUCUGUACUCUUUUUCAAGAAUCAACUAAAAUUUUGUCUCUGGUGAUACUUAAUGUGUCUGGUUGAUGGAAUGAAACACUUA